GUGGACUGCCGGGGUCUGUCCCUCAGAAGGGGCCACCAGCAGGCAGGCAGGACCCAGCUCAGGGAGGCUCCUGCUGCUCUGCCCUUGUGCGGUGGCCUUCCUCCUCAGCAUGGCCUCCUGGCUGGGGGACGCUGCUGGCCCCGACCCACUCAUGGUGCUCCUGGUUGUCAUCCUGCUGGUGCGCUUUAUUCUGUGGUCCUGUCUGGGGACCUAUAUGGACUAUAGACUGGCCCGGCCUCAGCCUGGCAAACCCAAGGAAGAGUAAGCCAGGGGGACCAGUGGAGACCCAACCCAGGAGGGGACUUCAUCACCCCUCUGUGGGU